AGUCACACAAUCCUCCUCAUACAGCCAACUUCAAAGCCAGAAUCACGGACAUACUCUGACUAUGAAACAAAAGAAGAAUGCAUGGAAAGUAAGGACAACUAUUUUGUAUUUUGAUCCCGGAGCUAAAACGACUUGUAAGGAUUUUAUAUAUGGCAGCUACAUGUAUUUGAAAUCAUGGCACAUUGAUGGAAUCACUUACAGUCCAACCCUUAUUAACGGACACCUUAUAGCAGGGCUGUCAAAAAGUUUUCAAGUAGCAGGCUAGUAAUGAAUAGUAGGUGGCUUUGGAACUCACACCAAAGGCACAAGUUCUUGAGGGUCAAGGCAUCUAGGGACAUUUUGAAAUUAAGAGUCGCAGAAAUGGCAUUUCAAGCGAUUUUCACGGCGGAUGCUAUGUUGUUUCAUCAGAAUACUCGCAACACUGGGAACAAUGCCAUUGAAAUGUUGCAGGCAUUCCAUGACAUUGCACAAUUCAAACGUUUCACAGUCUGUUUAAAUAUGCGUUCAAUGUUAUUCAAAACUCGAACACGGAUGCUUUACAAUUUUAUUUUAUGGUGUUAAUUUUUGGUAGCAGUUAUGGUAGAAGGAGAUGAAAGUAGCCGGCUAAAGAUGGCUAACUAGCCGGUGGUUUGGGCCAACUACCGGCCCUUAUUGACAGCCCUUUAUGGUAAAAAUUAUACUCAGUCAUGGUACAAACUUGUGCCACAGACAUAAUCUAAUGAACCCCAGCAGACUUAGUGAAUUACUUGUAUAUGUUUCAAAUUUCCUUCAACCUGAUUGGCAAAUCUUAACCCGUUAAGUCCCAACAGUGACCAACAGCAAUUUUCUGCUAACAAUGUCCAUACAUUGUCAAGAGAUAAGGUUGUGAGAAUGUAAAAAAUGAUCACGAAAGAGAAAAUGCCUUGAUGUUUUAUUAAAUUCUCUCAACAAAUUCUUAAAGGAAAUGUAUGGAGAUCAGUUUGGAGAAUUUGUAUGUGGAUACUGGGGCUUAAAGGGUUAACAGGCCAAUCAUGAUGCAUGCUCGAAUCCUGGUACACAGUUGGAGCCCAGAACAAGGAUUUUAGGACGGUUUCGCAGACAGAUUCAGCCAAAAAUUUAGUUCCAUCUGUGCUGCAGGCUAUUAUGGUACAUGUACCAGGGACAUAAAAACACUUCAUUUGUUAUCACCCUAAAGCGGACACCCCUACUAAGUGAACAUUUCCUGGUCCCAAGGGAGCUCCGUUAGCGAGGUCUGUUUUUUUUCUUGCACUGCCUUGGUAAAAGAUUUUGGGGUAACAGUUUUGUAUUCCUUGAAUUAUAGAGUGGAGGGAGAAUAAACAAUAAAAUUAUUUUAAUAAAUUAAUAAAAUUCUGUUUUUUGUUGAUUUCAGGUGUAUGCAAGAUAUUUGAAGAAUACCUUAAAAGAAGCAAUCCAAGCACUCCAUCCAUCACUUAUGACAUCAGUCAACUGUUUGACUACAUUGACAGCCUGACAGACUUAACGUGUUUAGUGUACCAUUCUGGACCAUUUUGUUCAUAA